AUGUAUUUGGGCCACUUCACCCAGCACGAUGAUAGCGCUAUUCGAUCCAAUGCCUCUGGUCACAUUCGCCUCCUACUCUGUCGAUUGAAUUGGUUGCCUGCACCGCCACAUAGCAUGCCACCGUCCACUGCGCACUCUACGCUCUUGCGCUUGGAAGUGCUUGCUCGGUGGGAGGUGAGGCGACCAAAAGCCAGUAUCUUGCCCGUCUGCCACAGUCCACGUCCAGCCAAGCGCACCACGAUGCCGAACCGACGCAGUAGAGGAAUGAUUACUGCCCUGAAAAUGAAUCACCUCCAUUUAUACACACAUGUAUAUGCGAGCAAAGCACAAAAGCUAAUCAUUCUCAUGACCCGCACCGAUGAGGCACACUCACACGCGCUGCCCAUGUUGUCGGAGCCCAUGACAGGUGUGGCGGCGAGUGGCCAAUGCCAGUUGGGGCCAAGUCGCGCUACAUGUGAGCACCAGUGGGAGAAAAUGAAACCUCCUCUCUCUCCGACUCCCCCACACCUCUGA